AUGGCAGGAGGCCCCCUUAGCCUCAAGGAAGAGAUGGAAGCGUCCUUGGCAGAAGAGCGGUGUCCUGGAGACAAAGGGCCAAGCCAGGAGCAGCUGAUGACAGAAAUGAUGGAUCGUGGGUUCCGGUCCCUGGGUGCUGGCUCCCAGCGGCGACAGAAGUUGGAGUCAAAGGCUGCUGGCUCGACUGGAGUCUCACCAGCUUGGAAUACGAAUGCUCCCCGACCCAAGAAAGCGGUACUGUAUGGGACCUUUGGCACUCGGUUGCUGGGACUCUCAGCUGAUGCCUACCCGCCCACGUCACUGCUCCUCUACCUAGAAGAAGGCCAGGAGCUCCUGAGAAGCGGGCACCGAACGGCGAAAGAGUCAGGCCACGGGGAUGCCCAUGCUCAGGAGUACCCUGGGGGCUUCCAAGGCAUGCGGUACCACUAUGAGCGCAACCCAGAGACAGAUCUGUUGGCAGAGAUUGGCCUAGAAGAGCUCAAUGGGCUGGAGAUGGAAGUCAUGAGAAGGCAGCUGCGUGUCAUCACUGGGCGUCUGCAAGACCUGGAGGAUGAGGGAACCACUUGGUACAACAGGGAAACGCUGUUCUUCAUCAUCCUGGCGUCGGCUUGCGUGGUCAACCUGUGGCUGUGGAUGCGCCAUUGAACCUUCAAGCUGAUGAGCACUGCUGAGCCUUCAC